AUGGCAAAGACAGCUACGGAAACCACCACGAAGACCGCGACGAAGUCUGCAAAUGCGAAGACGACGCGCCCGAGAAAAGAGAAGGCAGAGAAGGCCGACAAGCCUAAGCGCGCGCCUACUGCAUACAACCUGUUUAUGAAGGAGAACCUUCAGAAGUACCGCUCUGAGCAUGAUGGCAUGUCCGUGAAAGAGGCUAUGGCCGAGGUCGCCAAGUUGUGGCGGGAUGCCCCGGAGAAUCCGAACCGCGGCCAGGAGCCCAAGCCUCGUGCUGCCCCAAAACCCAAGGCAGAGAAGGAGAAGAAGACGCGCGCGCCGAGAAAAGCCAAGAAGCCCGCUGCCUCGAGCGAGACGGAAGAGCAGGAGGAGCACGAAGAGCAUGAGGCCGACGCUGGUGACAGCGACGAGUAA